AUGGAUGAAGGAAAACCUGAGAAAACUCCAAUCGAUUCCCUAUUUUCAAUGGAGCAUCUCAAGUACCUUGGUCCACCUUCGGAUCCAGUGAAAAUGGCAACUGCGCGUGACUUUUCACGAAAACAUGAGCUAAUUCGGUUCUUCAGAACCUGGAGACAGACGGUCAAAUCCAUCGUGGAAAUGGAAGGUGCAGACGUUCGACAUAAAAUGGCUGAUAUUCAUUGUUCUGAGCAGAUUUCGAAAAAAGUUUUUCUCACUUGGAGGAACUAUAGCCGAAAACGGAAGCAGAAUAUUCAGGGUUCGAACAUAAAUUUUGUUGUAUACAUGCAGAAAGCUUCGUCGCAAAGUCACGUUAAGCAGUCCGGUGACUGGUUUCCAGAACUGCCUGACCGCAUUCUGAGAAUGAUCUUUUCUUAUCUUGUCCCAGUGGAUUAUGUAAGCUGUGCCAUGGUAAAUCAAGCCUGGAAAAUUGCUGUUGAUUUCAAUGCGUCUGCAAGUGAACUUGACCUUUCCAAAAUUGCGAAUCGACGAUGGCCAAUUAAGGCGUGUAUUGUCUCUUACAAAAUUGAUUAA